CACAAACCAGAAGAAAGUUAGCCACCACAAAAAUGUCUAUCUUCCUUUGUUUCCUCUUACUCUUCCUUCUCUCUUUAAUCUUCAUAAAAAAGCUUUCACCGUCUAAAGGGAAGCUGCCUCCAGGACCUAAGGGUCUUCCAAUCAUUGGAAACUUGCACCAACUUGGAAGAUUUCUUCACAAAUCUCUUCACAAAAUCUCCCAAGAAUAUGGACCGGUUAUGUCUCUCCGGUUCGGGGUAGUCCCUGUGGUCGUUGUCUCCUCCAAAGAAGGAGCUGAGGAAGUGCUCAAGACUCAUGAUCUUGAGACAUGUAGCCGACCUAAAACAGUAGGCACCGGGUUGUUUACUUACAACUUUAAAGACAUUGGUUUCGCUCCUUUUGGUGAGACAUGGAGAGAGAUGAGAAAAAUCGCGGUGCUCGAGCUUUUUAGCCAGAAGAAACUCAAGUCUUUCAGAUAUAUUAGAGAGGAAGAGAGUGAAGUGUUGGUCAAGAAAGUAUCAAAAGCUGUUGAUGAGACACAAAACUCAUCACCGGUUAACUUGAGGAAAGUGAUUUUCUCCUUCACAGCUAGCAUCAUUUGUAGACUUGCUUUUGGGCAGAACUUCCACGAGUGUGAGUUCGUGGAUAUGGAGAGAGUGGAAGAGUUGGUGCUUGAGUCUGAGACUAGCCUUGGAUCCUUGGCUUUUGCUGACUUCUUCCCAGCGGGAUGGAUCAUAGACAGGCUCUCUGGCCAGCAUUCUAAGGUGAAGAAAGCAUUUACCAAACUCACCACUUUCUUUCAGUAUGUGAUCGAUGAUCAUUUGAAGACUGGAAAGUCACAAGAUCACUCGGACAUCAUCAGUGCCAUGUUGGAUAUGAUCAGUAAACCCACAAAUGCCGAUUCUUUCAAAGUCACAGAUGACCAUCUAAAAGGAGUCAUGUCGGAUGUGUUUUUGGCGGGAGUGAACGCUGGAGCUAUCACGAUGAUCUGGACGAUGACAGAACUAAGCAGACACCCGAGAGUGAUGAAGAAACUGCAAGAAGAUAUUAGAACAACACUCGGACCCAAAAAGGAGAAAAUCACAGAAGAAGAUCUAGAGAAAGUUGAGUAUUUGAAGCUAGUAAUCGAGGAAACAUUCAGAUUACAUCCACCAGCUCCUCUCUUGCUCCCAAGAUUAACAAUGUCCGACAUCAAGAUCCAAGGCUACAACAUCCCCAAGAACACUAUGAUCCAAAUCAACACUUACGCGAUAGGACGCGAUCCCAAAUACUGGACCAAACCUGACGAGUUCGUCCCCGAGAGGUUUGUCGAUAACCCUAUCGAAUAUAAAGGUAAGCAUUUUGAGUUAUUGCCGUUUGGAGCCGGUCGUAGGAUCUGUCCUGGGAUGGGCACAGGGAUCACCAUCGUUGAGCUUGGUCUUCUUAACCUUCUUUACUUCUUUGACUGGAGUUUGCCCGAGGGAAUGACCGUUAAAGAUAUUGAUAUGGAAGAAGAUGGAGCUUUCGUCAUCGCCAAGAAAGUUCCUUUAGAGCUCGUUCCAACUCGUCAUCACUGGUGAAGAACGUAAUAUUUUAAAUAAGAUUUUUUAGCUUUUACAUACUUGUCUACAUACUAUUGGCGUGGCUUUGUUUUGUCUUUAACUUGUUUGAGCUUUAUCAUGUCUUUGAUCGGUGUAUUACCAAAUAAUGUUUUAAUAAUGUCCACAAUAAAACUUAUUUUGUUAUAAAAUUAUAUCGUUCAUUUCUUUUA